UAACUAAUAAUAUGUAGAUAGAUUUAGUCUAGAGCAGUGUAAAAUUCUUUUAUUAAUUAAAUCUAUGUGUAUCUAACAACCCUAAAAGUAAGGGUAGCACAAAGAUGCCGGGUACUCCGAGAGUAGGUUUAAGGGUAGAAAAUGGAACUUAGACCUUUCAUGAGAUGAGCAUGAUACAUGAAACACGCACAUGGCUCUCAUGAACAUGUGAGUUACACGGUACACUCACACAUGGAUCCAUUACCGGCCUUAUGACUAUGAGCAAGGAAAGGAAAGGAGUGGGGUUGAUGACCCACUUACAUCCAAUAAUUUCAACUUUUAGGAUGGGAAAGUAUAUCAUUUUCUUCACGACAACAUAUAGAUAUAUAUAAUAUAUAUUAUAAAGUAAUUCCAUAUAAAAACAAAGGUUGAUAGUGAGAUAUUCAUGUACGCUACAAAAUGACAGUUUGGGUGUUUUCAUUUGCAUCAUAUAUGUGGGUCUAUACUUUUCUUUUUUUGUUUUUGUUUUCUAUCAUUUUGUUGGUAGGGCAAGGCUGUAGAUCUUUGUGAUACCCAUUUCGUUUUAUUCAAAAUCAGUUUCUGAGAAAUUUCUCUCUUCAUCUGUUCCGUUCAGUAUGGAAGACUCUGUUUUCUGCAUGUAUUCUUGUCAAAAAUCAUCCAUCAAGAUUGGUUGCUAUAAAUCGGAUUAGGGAUAAUGACAUAUAAUGGCCUAGAAAGUUGCAUCCUGAACAAUCAAUCUUAUGAAAACGAAAGUGGGACAGGAACAAGCCAGGGAGAUGGAUGUAUGAGCGACUCCUUAGAUGAUGAUUCCUUGAGCUGUUCUUCUAGCAAAGAUGCUUUUGGAUCAUUUUCAUCCAAAUGGAUGACGGCGAAACAAGAUGAUCAAGGCUUGGAUGAUUGGGAGCUCUCAGAAAGCCCCCAGCAUUUUUAUGUCAAAGCAAAACCAGCUUAUGCAGUUCAAUAUUCUGAUGUGGAAACAAUGAAAGAAAAAUUCGCAAAGUUGUUAUUGGGUGAAGAUAUAACAGGAGGAUGUAAAGGCCUCACCACUGCAUUAGCAUUAUCUAAUGCCAUAGCAAAUCUUGCAGCUUCGGUUUUUGGAGAACUAUGGAAAUUAGAGCCAUUGCCUGAAGAAAACAAGAAAAAAUGGCGAAAAGAAUUGGAUUGGUUGCUCUCUCCUACAAACUAUAUGGUUGAAUUAGUUCCCACAAAGCAGAAUGGUGCAAAUGGCCGGACACUGGAGAUAAUGACUCCGAAAGCUCGUGCAGACAUCCAUGUAAAUCUUCCAGCACUUCAGAAGUUGGAUUCUAUGCUUAUUGAGACACUAGAUUCAAUGGUGAAUAACGAGUUUUGGUACUCCGAAGUAGGCAGCCGGGCAGAAGGAAGGAGCAAAAGUACAAAGCAAAGCAAGAGGUGGUGGCUCCCUUUGCCACAAGUACCCACGACUGGUCUUUCUGACUCGGAAAGAAAGAAAUUGUUGCAUAAGAGUAAGGUGGUCUAUCAAGUCUUCAAGGCUGCCAAAUCCAUCAACGAAAAUAUUUUGCUUGAAAUGCCUGUACCAACCAUUAUCAGGGAUGCGCUACCUAAAUCUGGAAAGACAAACCUUGGCGAGGAACUGUACAAGAUAUUGACUACAGAAUCAAAGACGGCUGAGGACAUGCUCAAUUCUCUUGAUUUAAAAUCUGAGCACAGUGCUAUUGAGGUCAUUAACAAGCUGGAGGCUGCUCUAUUCGCAUGGAAACAAAAGAUUACUGCACAAAUUAGUGGUAAAUCCCCUGUUCGUACAUCAUGGUCCUUUGUCAAGGACCCGAUGUCAGAGUUUGACAAGACAGAGUCACUGUUAGACAGAGCAGAAGCCCUUCUACAGCAGGUUAAAGCCAGAUAUCCAAACCUUCCUCAAACAUUUCUUGAAGCUACAAAAAUUCAAUAUGGCAAGGAUGUUGGGCAUUCGAUUUUGGAAGCAUAUUCUCGAGUUCUUGGAAAUUUGGCUUUCAGCAUACUGUGUAGGAUAGGAGAUAUUUUGCAAGAAGAUGCUUCAACCAAUCCCAAUUCUCCUGUAUCAAUAUGUUGCUUCCCAGGAACUCUGGAAACACCAGUUCAUAUGCUUCACAAGGCAGAUGGAAAGUACCGCGAAUCAAAUGCUAGUUACAGUUCUGAUAUGGGAUUCUCUUAUAGUGAAGCCAAAGCAAGCUCAGUAACUGCAACACCAAGUCGAAGGCGAGUAUGGUGCAUCGGUAGAGAAGCUUGUAUAGGUGUUUCUCCUAGUAAUUCACCAUGAUAAAAAGUUACUAGCUUUCAGUGGCUGUUUAUGUAGAUGAUGAUACUAUAAUAUAUAAUCAAUGAGAUGAUAUUAAUUUUUCAA